GUUCCCUCUCCACACCACAGGCUCCUCUCCUCUUCAGUUCAGCGCCUCACACUAUAUCUUUCUCUCCUCCUCCUCCCUCCUCCUCUCGUCUGCUGCGUCGCUGCUACUCGGUCGACGAGGAGGAGGAGAUGGCGAGCGCUGGAGGUGGAGCGGCAGGGGAAGGGGAGUGGCUCAAGGUCGCCGAGUUGAGGGCCAUGGUCGAAGCGCAGGACCCCCGCGCCAAGGAGGUGGACAACCUGACGCUGCGGAGGUUCCUGCGCGCGCGCGACCACAACGUGGACAAGGCCUCCGCCAUGUUCCUCAGGUUCCUCAGGUGGCGGAAGGAGGCGGCGCCCGACGGCUUCGUGCCGGAGGAGCGGGUUCGGGGGCAGCUCUCGCAGGACAAGGUCUGCAUGGGCGGCGUCGACAGGGCAGGCCGCCCCAUCCUCGUCGGCUUCCCGGCCAGGCACUACUCCGCCAAUCGCGACAUGGCAGAGUUCAAGAGUUUUGUUGCCUACUUCUUCGACAAGAUCUGUGCCAGGAUCCCCAGAGGCCAGGAGAAGUUCCUCUGCAUCGUGGAUCUUAAGGGCUGGGGGUACUCCAACUGCGAUGUCCGAGCCUACAUUGCAGCUAUAGAGAUCAUGCAGAACUACUACCCGGAGCGGCUCGGCAAGGCGCUGAUGAUCCAUGUGCCCUACAUCUUCAUGAAGGCGUGGAAGAUGGUCUACCCGUUCAUCGACAACAACACCAGGGACAAGUUCGUUUUCGUGGACGACAAGAGCCUGCAGGAGACGCUGCACCGGGAGAUCGACGAGAGCCAGCUCCCGGAGUUCCUUGGCGGGAAGAUGCCUCUGAUUACCGUCAAGGACGACGUACAGCAGUCUCAGUCGGUUUAACCAUACACGUUGGUAGUCUUGACUAGGGGAUAUGAGCACAGGAUGAUCCUUGAUUACAAAGAGAGAGAUAGUCUUUACUAGUCCUGCAAUAACGGUGCAGUUGUAAAAUACAGCUCUGCGUUGUUUAACUGAACUAGCAGGAUGACCCAAGCAUUUGCGAGGCUAAAUUUGCUUUAAAUUUGUAAUAUCAAUUGUCAUUUGUCAAUAGUCAAUAGAUGAUAAUUUACGUA